GCAAACCCAGGCUGCAUGUCUUGGCGCGCGGCGCGCUGCUGCGGACAAGUCCGCGAUACGACGACGGCGAUCACGCAAAUACGUAACUCCCAACUCAAAUCUCUCUCUGCUCUGUUUUGAAUCAACCCAACACCACCAUGCGCAUCGCCGCUCUUCUUCUCCUCGCUGUGCCGUUCGCGUCGGCGCAGUCCGCCAGCGCGAACGCGAGCGUCAGCGCCAGCCCCAGUCCCAGCGUCAGCAUCAACUCCAGCGCGAGCACCAACGCCAGCAGCACGAGCUCGCAGUCCUCCCUCGGCCCGUCGCCUACCCCAGCCUCGGCGUCGUCCUCUACCCUGCCCGUACCAGUGCACCCCGGCGUGAGCAUCACGACGCCCAACGCGACCACGUACUGGGUCAAGGGCAAGGGCUACAAUCCGGCGUCGUGGACGCCUUUCGCGACCAACAACUCGGCCGCCCUGCCCAAGUUCAACCUCUGGCUCUCGCACGCCAACGUCUCGAUGCUCGGCGCCGCGCCCAGUCUGAUAGUGAACAACUACCUCCUGACCAAGGGCGGCCUCGACAUUGCCGAAAACAACGCCAGCACGACCUUCUACGCCGGCCAGCUCGACUCGGUCGUGCCCGGCCCCGGGUUCGUCGCGGCGCUCAUUAGCGCCGGGAACCUGUCCGACGUGUGGGCCGUGUCGGCGCCGUUUGAGAUCAAGCCCGACGGCACCAAGCCGUUCGCGGACACCAAGCCCGGCGCAGCGGGCCGCCGCGCUGCGUUACCCGCCAGCAACGGCGUCACGCUCCUCCUUGGCGGUGUGGGUGUGGUCGUCGGUGCCGCGCUCCUUGUUUAGCGCGGCGAGCGCGCCAUUGCAGCAGCGGUAGAGCACAGUACAACCUUACAGCGGUAGAGUGCGUG